AUGCACGACCCGAACAACCCUGUAUUCGAGACCACCGACACUGGUUGCCACGUAGCCGGGACGGGACUGCCGAGGCUAGAGGCGGCGUCAAGGUCGGGGGCGAGGGCGAGAUCUCGAGGAGGCUCUCUUCUCAACGGGUGGGGGUGGUGGGACAUGAUAGGGCGGCGGCCGCGGCGGCGACCCCGGGCGGGAGACUCGAGGGGGCCCCGAGCAGACCCCUAUGCGGGAGAAGAGGGGCCGGGAAGGGUAUCGCGCCUGGCCCGUCUGCGGAUGGACUUGUGGGGGUACGGUGCCGGGAAUACCAAAGACGCCUACGGGACGGAGGCGGACGUGAGGGCCAUUUCGGAGAGCAAUCAGCACUGGGCGGGGUUCAAGCUUCGUGUCCUGACCCAGAACUUGUGGGGGAUCCCUGUGAUAAGCCGCUGCCUCGAGGCUCGAGUGCACGCUUUCGCGAAGACCUUGGGGGGGGGAUGGGAUGUGAUCGCCCUGCAAGAGGUGUGGCAUGCGCGAGAGCGAGACGCCUUGAGGCGAGCGGCUCUUGCGGCCGGCCUGAGGUAUAGCCGCCACUUCGAGCACGGCUGCGGGGCCCCCUUGCUAGGACCCGGGAUGGGGGGGACGGGGCUGCUGAUUCUCUCCAGGUUUCCUAUCACGGAGAGCUUUUUCCGGGGCAGGUACAAGUCGCACAGGGUGGCGCAAGCGUUCGAGGUGGCGCACAUCAUCCGCCUCACUUCCAGAAGCCCUCUGGUUUUACUCUUGUCGGACCUGAACGCGGGCCCCGGGUCGAUGCCGUACGGGCUCCAGCGCAGCGUGGCGGGUCUGCUGGACGCGUUUGGUGAGGCUAAGCCCGACCAGGACGGCUUCACGUGCGAGGCCACCGACAACGUGUUUUCCAACGGAAGGGACCCGCCGGCGAGACUGGACUACGUGCUCUUCAAGGCCUUGCCGCCACCCCUGUGCGCGCCGCAGGCAGUGGAGCCCACGUGGGAGCUGAGCAAGUGCUGGGUGCACCGAGCGGUUGCCGCGGAGUUUACGGCUAGAGAUCCCGAAGGCGGCGACGACGACGAUCAUAGCUCGCUGGACGAUGACAUCGACGGGAUGCCCCCGCCACGGCGGGGCUUGCGGCACUCCCAAUCCAUCCCGGGAGGGACUUUCCCUCAGGGACCGCUGUUAGCGCGAGCGUUGACGGAAAUCGACCGUGGGAUAGAGGAGGCUUCGAACCGAAGGACUUGCCACCUGCGCACUGCUAAAGCCCUGGCGACGUUAUGGCUGGCGCUCUUGGCUGGGGGAGCCGUGGCCAAAUCGGACGGUUUAAUGGGGUACAUCGCGAGAGGAGCUGCUGGGGUGUUUGGGGGUGUCCUGUGUACAGCGGCGUCGGCGUUGUUCCUGUUGUACUGGUUCUCGGCGAAGCAGGAGGUUCAAGGACUCAAGGAGGUCUUCCAGACCGCCACGAACUACGAGCGGCACCUCCCAAUGGAGGAGGCUUUUCCAGACGGGGGGUUCGACACCUCGCAGUUAUACAGCUACAUGGAACAGCACUUCCGCUAAUAGCUGUUCGAGCAGGGCGAAUAGCGCCACGGAACGUGAUUCCAUCUGUCUCUUCUUUCGCUACCGUUCGUUUUACAGUUUUUUCCCAGGCAACGUAAAAUAGCUACACAUUUUACAGGCGUGUCGACGCGACAGCGAUUUCAGUUACAGAGUUGUGGGAUCGGGAUAUGAUAGAGUGAUAGAAGAGUAUCGAUGAGCUAAAGGAUGCAUGGUCUGCAUAGGUAUUCACCGUUUGUUACACGUAUACAAUAUUUACUGCUGUGUACGCACAUGUACUCGUGGCCAAUUUCAUCCCCCUUGGCUUUGGCAGAAACUGGAGAUGGGUUCAAUUCCACCCCAUUCCACUCCAAGUCUGCCGGCAGGUUACUUCAACAGUCGACGUCGUCAGGGAAUCAUAGGUGUAGCACUAGUUUUAUUUCUGUUCGUCUUUGGUAGCAGCAUCAGACCUUGCUCCCGGGACAACAGUGUAUUCGAUAAACCAGAAUUACAGAAAUUAGGUCGAAGGUUCUACAACAUUACCACGGUAUGCUUUCGUGGGUCCCCCCCGCAACACUUGUCCUGUUCCACAAGCGUUCCGUGGAGUGUUUGGGGCGGUUGACCCUGUGUUCGUUGGUUGGUCAUGCUGCGGUUUGCGGUUGAAAAUAUAUGGGUGUUUCAUGUAAGUUUCGUGGCGUUUUUUCUUGCGGCCUUCCGGGCCUUGUUCGGGAGUCGACGGACAGCGCAAGCAUGUUUUGUUGGGGGGGUACAAGUAGGGCUGCACCGAACAGCUGUUUGGGCGGUGGAAUGUACAGCGUCAUGAUCGUGAAGGUUCAGGUUUUGGAGGAUGUUUUAUCUGGUUGUGCAAUCAUGGGUCUCUUCCAUGUUUUUACACGCUCAACGUUUUUGCUGUGUGUAUGGGAUCCAUCCAUCAGUGUUUGGCUGGCUCUCCGUGAACGGCCCAAAGGUAACAAGGUAUCUUUCAUGAGGUUACCGAUGGCACAUUAGAAUGUGCGUUUUCCGUAUGGCGUUCGUUACUGUCAUUUGUUGUUAUUUGCGUAUGCGCUCAAGAGGUUCGUUUGGCGUUCCGCCGUAAGGAUAAGGAUCGGAUUGGUUUGGCAACCGUGUCUCGAAACGGGGGUGGCACUUUUCACUUUCCGGACUGAUCCAAUCUAAACACGUCCUCUCCGGAGACUUGUGUAGACCUUUCUUGUAGUCGGGAUAGAAUCCCCAAAUUGCAAUUGGGGAACAACUAGAGGCUGUUCCAGAAGGGAGAUUCGGGGCAUGUAUGCGUGAGAAACUUUCCGAGACAUGCAAGCCUGGGGGUCGCGGGAUGGGAACCGUCCCUCAUACCCCCAACACUAUGUUUUUUUCAUCC